ACGACCGUCUUCCACCGUUGAAUUCUUCUGGAACUGGAGUCCACUGUUUAAGCUUCACUGUCUCUGAAUCGGCAAAGCUUUAGAAGAAAAUGGCAUCAGGAGGUAAAGCCAAGUACAUAAUCGGUGCUCUCAUCGGUUCUUUCGGAAUCUCAUACAUCUUCGACAAAGUUAUCUCUGAUAAUAAGAUCUUUGGAGGGACUACUCCAGGAACUGUCUCUAACAAAGAAUGGUGGGCAGCAACGGAUGAGAAAUUCCAAGCAUGGCCAAGAACCGCUGGUCCUCCCGUUGUUAUGAAUCCCAUUAGCCGUCAGAAUUUCAUCGUCAAGACUCGUCCGGAAUGAGAAAAUAAUAAGUUCAAUGCUUUGAUUUUCAGAAUAAGAUGAACGAUGACGAUGUUUUCUAAAUCCGAGCUUGUACUAAAUAACAAUACAUUACAACACGGUUUGCGGAACUACUCCACAGUCUAUCUUCUGUUAAAAAACUCAAACAAGCUAUUGCAAAAAGCCCUUACGAGA